AUGAAACAACUAGACCACCUGAAGAUGAGGAACAGUGCCGUAGAAAGUGCUAAAAGAAUGACAAGGGGACUGGAGAAAGAAGAGUCUGAGACUGUGCUGGUGGAGUUUAAAGGGAGGGUGCCCCCUACUGAGCUGUACUUUGGAUUUAUUAGGUACAGGAAGGAGAAGAAGAAGAAGAAGAAGAAGCAGAAGAAGAACCAUAAACGCGCCAGUAAGAGAAAGAACGAUGCAAUUCUACGUAAUGUAUCGAAUCAUAAGGGGGACGUCUAUGUGGGGAAUCUCGGCAUGAUGCACCCCUCUAUUUUGAGUGACGAAGCCAGUCUGGGGCACAUAACCCUUUCACCAUCUGAGUAUAGGUGUCCUCUCUGCCCCAGAUUUAAAACCAAAAAUGAGAGCGCGAUCCAGAGGCACAUGAAAAACCAUACGGAAAAUGCAGUUCAUUUCCAUGAAAAGAUAAUCUGCAGAUGCAACAUGCCUUGCCGUGAUAAAGGUCAUUUCCACUGUCCAUUCUGUGACACAACUGUAAUUCGUAAAGACUUCGUAUCACCACAUGUGACUGAGUGUUUUAAAAAAUGUGUUGUUGUGGUGUCACCUCUUCAUCAGUCCUCACCAUCAUCAUCUGAGGACUUUAUUGCACAAUCACUGGAUCAUUCAUAUGCACUUCCCCCUUCAGUGUCCGCAUCAGCUACAACCACAGAGCCUCCAGAAGAAGCAGUCACUCACGAACUUCCAUCUUCCCACCUCUCCCACCCUCUAUCUCAGACAGCAUCACCCAAGACCCCAACAGCUGUCACAGAUCAGUCACCCCCAGCUACAACCACAGAGCCUCCAGAGCCUCCACUUCCAUCUUCCCACGUGAAGUGCCCUCACUGCACCAUUGUAUUAUACAAAAAGAAUUUGGCAUUACAUAUUCAAAGACGACACAGUCAACAAAAAGAUAUAACAACCAAAUCUCAUCUUAAAAGCACAUGUGUUGACCAACAUAAUAGCGUUUAUGCAGUCAGUAAAAUUGCUAAGGGUUUCAGCGUACCGGUGGAUGUGCUGCGGAAAACAUGGGGCCAGCAUGUCACAAAAUGUGAGAUGGAGGACUGUCGGCAGUAUCACCUACUUGUUCAAAGGAGUGGCCUGUCUCCUAGCUUGUGUCACCAUAUUCGGUCUGUGGAUUACUGUAGCACUACUGCCAGUGAGGGGCCACUGCACCACCAGGUUCUUUCCGAAAUGGUGGAAAACAAGUUUUGUGGGGACUCCAAGGAGGACUUGUGCAAAAAUAAUCAAAAAGAAGCUGAGGAAACUCAUGUCCCCUUGUCAGUGUUGGUGGAACUUGGUGGUUCGCCAAGUAAAAUUUAUUGUGUCCAUGGUUUUCAGUUGUUUUGAAUGACCUGAUAAUAAUCUGCAUGUUGCAACUGUAGCCCAAUAAAUGAAAGUGCUCUCCUUAUUUAAUCUUUGUUAAAAAUUAAAUCAACUAAAAUUCA